GGUGCGGGACAGCGGGAGGCGCGCAGUUCGUUGGGCGCAGCGGCUGCUCCGCUCUGCUCUGCUCUGCUCUCCUCUCCAGGGAGCGGCGUGAAGGCUGGCGGCGCGUGAGCCAGUGGCCACGCCUGGGUGAGGGUUCCCGGGCUGCGGCGGGAUGGCGAAGACCUUGCUUGGGCGAUGAAGCUUCCCCAGGGACCGAGUCGGCAGGAUGAUCCUGCUCCCGCAAAUUGAGGCCAAAGAAGCCUGUGACUGGCUGAAGGCUGCAGGGUUUCCUCAGUAUGCACAGAUGUUUGAAGAUAUGCAGUUUCCUAUUGACAUGAAAACUGUGAGAAAAGAUCAUGAGUUCUUAGAUCAAGAUGCGAUAGAAUCGCUAUACAGACGGUUAAAUUCAUUGAAUAAAUAUGCAGCAAUGAAGGUGGAAAUAUGUCGGCAAAGAAAGCGGAGUGUUGACUCUGAAGAAGACGAGCCUUGUGCAAUAAGUAACAAAUGGGCUUAUGAGAAACAGACUCAGAGAUGGUCUCGUCUGGAGAGCUCUGAAGAUGCUGGCGCACCUGUUCCUGGCAGUUUGCGACUUAAGACUCCUGGCAGUGGAGAUGCAGCACUUUCUGAUCAAGGCGAGCGAAAUGAUGAGUCCUCUGUUCACAGUUCUAGCAGUGGGGACAGUGAUUUGAUUAGCUUUCCAAAAACCUGUGAGGAUGUUGAAACAAGCAGGAGCUCUUCAACUUGUUCUUCAAAUAAAUUGGCAUCUCCUGACUCUAUGUUCAGUUGCCCUCCUUCUCCUAGUGAAACCUUGAAUAUAAUUAGUGAGGACAAACUCUUGGCUAAAUCACCCGUGAGGAAGGAAAGGAGUUUCUUAAAGAAGAUGGAGAAGUUGCGCCUAAGAAGUAGCAGUUUGAAGAGAGAAGCACAUUCAAAGGCCAAACCCACUAUUAGCGUACCUAUUCUUCUGGAAGGACUAAAUGAAGACAAGCUGAAAAGCCUUAAUUGUGUAAGUAUUUCUGACAUGCUAGAGAGUCAGCCAAUGCAGCCUUCUUAUUCCCCGCAGACCUGUAGCAGCAGCAGUCAGUCUGAGGACAGCAGCACUGUGAGUACUCCAAGUCCUGUAAUCAAAGUGAGGAAGCACAGCAAAAGAGGUGGCAACUGUGCCGAAGAAAUGGAUUCCAGCAAGCUUUCCUUGUGGAAUAAUAUUUCAGAGCAUAACUUCAAAGAUGAGGUACAUUUACAUAAGAGCAAGGUGUUUAAAGUACCACAAGGACAUAAGCCUGGGACUUUCCCCAAAGCACUGACCUACAGUCUCUUGUCUCCGAUAGACAAUACCUCAGUAAACUGGAGGACUGGGAGUUUUCAUGGGUGUCGGAGGAAUGGGGCUCACAGUAGUUCUCCAGACCUUCAAACUCCACCUGGCUCACUUUCACUGAUGGAUAACAGAUUGAGCAUAUAUGACAAUGUGCCGGGCAAUCAUCUUGCCAGAGUGGGCGCAUCAGAGGUUGGCGACGACGAUGUUUUCACAGAAUUAGACAGCGUUGUGGAGCAUGUUAAUGGACUCAGGCAGCUGGUCAGGCAGUGGACAGAAAAAUUCUCUGAUGAUGGGGACUCUGACUCCGCCAGUCCUUCCACCGGGUCGCUCUCUCCAUGCCCAUUAUCCCCUAAGGAAAUCCAUCUUGAGAUUAAAAAGCAUUCAGAAGGGCAGCUGGCAGAGUUGCCAGUCACUGAUGGUGUCGAGGACUACGGAUGCACCCGUGGAUGUGGCCUCACAGAACUGGCAUACGUAACCGCGCUGGGGAAAAGACUGGCAUCACCACAUUCCAUCAGACAUGUGAGGAGACACUGGUCAACUGAGGAAGGCACCAGUUUGAAAAGUCUUUCCCUGCAGAUUGACAGCCAGUCAGCAGCCCACCUUAACAGGAUACAGAAGCUUGCUUUGUUAAAAUUAACCACUUUAAUGGACAAAUACUCUCCUUCAAGCAAACAAGGAUGGAACUGGACUGUUCCAAAGUUCAUUCGAAAAAUAAAAGUCCCUGAUUAUAAGGACAAAAAUGUAUUUGGAGUUCCAUUACUGCUAAAUGUCCAAAGAACAAGUUAUCCACUCCCAAGAAGCAUACUCCAAGCUCUGGACUACUUAAGGGACCAUUUUCUUGACCAGGUUGGCCUUUUCCGAAAGUCAGGUGUUAAAUCCAGGAUCCUUUAUUUAAGGGAAAUGAAUGAAAACAAUCCAAACAACAUAUCAUAUGAAGGGCAGUCAGCAUUUGAUGUUGCAGACAUGGUGAAGCAGUAUUUCCGAGAUCUUCCAGAACCUAUAUUCACUAACAAACUUUGCGAAUCCUUCCUCCAUAUCUAUCAAUAUCUACCAAAAGAUCAGCAAUUUUGUGCUGUCCAAGCUGCUAUUCUUCUGCUUCCAGAUGAACAUCGUGAAGCUUUGAAAGUUCUUCUGUUCUUUCUCAGGGAUGUAGUAGCUCUUGUGGAGGAAAACCAAAUGAGUCCAACCAAUGUUGCUGUCUGUCUGGCACCAUCUUUGUUUCACCUUAAUACGCUAAGGGGAGAGAGUUCCUCUUCAUCUAGAUGCAGCCAGCGGAAAUACAGCACUGGAAAACCAGACCAGAGGGAUCUGAGUGAGAAUUUGGCUGCAACGCAAGGCCUGGCCCACAUGAUAAUGGAAUGCCACCGACUCUUUCAGGUUCCUGAUUACUGCUUUGAUCAGGCUUAUGAAGACUCGCAUAAUCAAAACUCAGGUGAAGUAGCAUCGCAUCAGAUCUCGGUAACGAAGCACUCUAGCACAGUGAUAUCCCUGGAGCACUCCAUGCAGGACUUGCUUCGAGAUGCCAAGGAAAAGUUCAAGAACUGGGUUACCUGUUCUGUCUUGGAAGGGGCAGAUUCUGCAUAUAAAAAGGUGGAUGAUAAUUACCCUGUGCGCAUAUGGAAAGCUUCUGUUGAAAUUGAUACUGUCCCUAAAGUAAUUCUGUAUCGAAUACUGAUGGAGCAGCACCUGUGGGACCCAAGUCUUCAGCAGACAAAAAUCCUAGAGAUCUUAGAUGAUGAAACAGACAUUUAUCAUUACACCGUAGAGAGUAUGUUUCCACUUCCUCCACGAGAAUAUGUUGUCUUAAGAACCUGGAGGACUGAUCCUCAAAGUAGCACAUGUGUGUUAGCAGCUACCUCAGCAGACAGUGAAAGUGCUACAGUGAGGGGGAUCUUAGCCCAAGUUCUGCUUUGCCAGUACCUUAUAGAAGCAGUUGGCUCUCAGAAAUCCAGGGUGACACAUGUCUGUCGAAUAGAUACCAGGGGUCGGACAACGGAAUGGUACAACAGGGCUUUUGGUCAUAUGUGUGCUACAGAACUGAUAAGGAUUAAGAAUUCUUUCAAAACAUCACCUUACUGAAAUUAUGCCAAAGAGGACCACAUAAUGCUUUUGGAGAUGAAGGCAAUGCACAAGACUCCCAAGUUGCCUUUUUAAAAUCCUAAACUUAAGUGGACUUGCCUUUUAUUAAAAUUGGUUUGACUAAGGAAGCAAUAUAGAAAGGGACCUUUAAUGUUAAGAGGAUUUUUUUCCAAUUCAAGCAUACUCUUGAAUUGGUUGACAUUACACACCUUCUUAAUGUUUUAUAUAAAAAUUUUAUACUUAGAAAAGGAAUUAUGUUGAAUAUUACCUAUCAAAGUAAGUUAUUUAAAAUGAAUGUCUUGUUCUAAAUAUAUUUUAAUAUGUGAGAUUUUAUAUAUUUCAGAUGUUUUAUCAAAAAUGUGAAUGGCACAGUAUAAUACCUUAGCAAUUCCAAGUGGGCUUAGAAAACUGCCUGGAUGUUAUGCUGGUUUUUGUUUUUUAUUACCCUAACUUAUUAAUGACACAUGUAUAGGAAAUUCUGCUGUAUCUGUUGGUCCACAGAUUUG